AUGUUAAUUUCCACGAUUUUAGUCCACCUAACAUAUCUGGUUGCUUCCGUAUUGGCUGGCGUGAUAGACAACCAUAAUAACGACAACGUUGAAUGGCCAAGGGAAGUACGCGUCAGAAGAACCAGAGGCGAAGGUGGUGAAGUAGACUUCAACCUCUCGGGAAGAGAAAGAAUCGGGCAGCGCAAUCACAUUGAUCCUCGAAGUGACCCCAAGAGCACCAUGGCCACAAUCAGUCCCAUUGUUGAACGCGACAAGCUUUUGACAGCAGCAAGACCCUCCGCUCCCCCCGACCCACGAAACAAACCCCUUUCCAACAGCUCCAAGAUGAGACUAGCGUUGGAUGAUGAACAUGUCGCGUCUAGUCUCCUUGCCGAAACCUCGACAAAGUACAGGGCAGAGCCCGCGACAGAUUUAGUGGUUAUGACAGGCAAUCGGCCAGAACCUCGGUUAGUUUUGACAUAG